CUUUUACCAAACAUUGCCCAGAGAGCAGGGAAAUGUCGUUCUGUAGUUUCUUCGGCGGAGAGGUCUAUAAAGACAAUUUUCAAACAGACCGGUACAAUCAUACCGGGUCACAAUGAGAAAAUAAUGGUACUAACUUGAUGUCAAGAGUUUAUGUCUGCUCCAAAUGUGAUCACCAGCUGUUCACCAGCCGCUCCAAGUACGAACACUCGUCUCCCUGGCCAGCCUUCACAGAGACCAUCCAUGAGGACAGUGUGUCCAAACAACAGGAGAGACCUGGGUCGUAUAAGGUGCAUUGUGGGAAAUGUGGAAAUGGACUAGGCCAUGAGUUUAUGAAUGAUGGGCCAGGCAAAGGCAUGUCUCGCUUUUGAAUAUUCAGCAGCUCACUGAAGUUCGUCCCUAAAGAUAAGGUUGAUGGACAGUAAGGUGAGCCGUUAGAGGAAAAUGCUGCUAGGGUUGUAUCGGUUUCUCUGAGCUGCUGAAGGUGUGGACAGUAGAUGAAGUGUUCUGGGAUAAAGCCCAAUCUGGGAGCGCCAGGGCUCUGAAGAAUGAUGUCCACACUGAACAGCAUAAACAGAGGACUGGUCUCAACACUUUUUUACGAUGCAAUCAUCACCAUCUCAGUGUAGUCUCACAGUCACUACAGAUUUGUAAACACUUAUUUAUAAUGAUUAGGAAAUACACAUUCAUUCUCUUAGCUAUUUUUACUGGCCUGAAGAAAAAACGUUCAUAUCAGCCACUGUUGCUUUUCUUGGAUUCAGAACAUUAAUAAUAAUUAUAUUUUCACCCUUGAUAAGCUUUAUGUAAAUUGUUUACAAUGAUGGCUAUGCAAACUGAAAUAAAUCUAUUUUAAAAGAA